GAGAGACGCCACUAGUUGGCUGUAAAGCGACAGUUUGGUAGCAACAGAAACACCAACGAAGAAGUCGGACUGCUAACAGCAACAAACUGGAGAUUAAGGUGGAGGGAAAAAAUGGAUAAAAAAAAGAAACCUUUAGACGUGACUGCUUCAUCGCUAGUGGACCUUAAAGCGGAGCUGUACAGGAAACAGGAGCAGUUCAAACGGGAGAAACUUGGACAAGAAACUUCUGGAGCAGGAGUCAAAGAAAAAUCAAAAGAUAAGAAGCCAAACAUCUGGAGCAAACAGAAUGCUGGUGUUUCAGCAAGAGCUGCUAAAGAUGCAGAGCAGCUGGAGGAGGAGCGGAGCACCAUCGAUACAGCAAGGCGUAAGUUGGAGGAGAAGGCGAGACUCUACGAACAGAUGACUAAAGGAGACUUUCCAGAUGAAGAGACAGAAGGGCUGUUCCUUGUUGACUUCACCCAGAAGAUUAUUGACAAAAAGAGAGAAACACUUGCCCAGAAGGAGAAAGAGGAUGAGGAACGACUCAGCUCGUCACCCGUCCCUCCUCCUGAGAAUCCGGAUGAAGAAUGGGUGGACUUUGUGGAUGCUUUGGGACGAUCUCGGCGGUGCAUGAAGAAAGACCUGCCAGGCUUUAAGAAAAUGGACCAAGACCUUCAAGGGAAAGGAAAAGCUUCAUCAGACAAGACAUUACUCUCAGAAGACAUGCGACGAGAGCUGCAGAGGCAGGAGUGGGAGAGGGAGGAAGAGGAGGCAAUGAAAAGGCCUGUUGGACCGAUUCACUAUGAGGAUAUCAGACAACAGGAGGCUCGGGACCUUGGUGUGGGGUACUACGCAUUCUCUCAGGAUCAGGAGCAGCGGCAAAAACAGAGAGAAACUCUGGACAUGCUCAGAGAUCAGACUACAGAUCAGCGCACAAAGAGAGAACGACUGAAGGAGAGGAGGCAGGCCAUCCUACAGGCUCGUCUAGCCAAGGUAAGGCAGAGGAAGAUGAAGAAGGCCAAGCUGGAUGGUACAGAGGAAGAGGAAAAAGAAGAGGAGAAUGAAGGAGAGGAAGAGGAAUUUGAAACAACAGGGACCUCCCCACAACCAGAGGAGUGCCCAGAGGUCAGCAUACUCAAGAAGGUGGAAGUGGAGAUCCAGGAGAGGAGAGACACCAAACCAGGAGUCCCUCAUGUCAGAGAGUGGGACAGAGGCAAAGAGUUCAUGUUUACUGAGUGGAAAAGUCGGCGUCGGGAGGAGCGGGAUUCUGAAUUUGCACCUCCGUCUGCAUACUUUGCAGAUGACAAGAGGCUGAAACCAGGAAAGUAUAAAAAUGAGGAGAAUAAAUCCAACAUGUCCUUCAAGUGGGCAAGAGCUCCAGGAGGAAUCUCAGAGACCAAAGCAGAACCACAACCUCAGUCUAAAACUGCAUCUUCACCUCCUGAACCUCAACCAAACCCUCCCCCGUCUGCGCAGCCACCGCCCUCAGACAGCUCGUCGCUGUCGGCUCCCCCUUUCAUCCCCAGUAUCCCCUCCCCCGGUAUUUUAUCCUCCAUUUCCUCCUCCACCUACUCCUCAGUUUGCAAGCCCACCUCACCUCCUUCCUCCAUUUCCACCACCGUUCCCACACCAAUAUCCACCCCAGUAUCCACCUCAGGUGCAGAGCCAGGCGCAACCUGCAGGUGACAGCCAAACCCAGCAACUCCACCAGGGCCCUCCUCAAAGUCUGGAUGACAUGUUGUCCUUCUACAGGAACUCUACCUGAGGUCUAAAUACUGCUUGAUGUGUAGUUGGGUCAUAUUGUGAGUUUAAACACUGCUCUUUUUUUUCUCGCUCUUUGUUUAUAGAGUAAAUCACGAACAAUAAAAUGUCAAUAUCUCAGCUUUUUGGAGUUUAGAUAUUUAAUAAAUAUCAAGAGUGUA